AUGGCGGGACCAGCUCCGCACAACUCCAAACAGCUCAGGCAAUCGAAGUGGGACCGGCCCCGCAAGGCCGUACGCAUCAAGCCACCACCCUCGCUGCUAAAGACGAGCACUCACUUCGUAGCAUUGGAGUACAUCUCGCAAGGGAGCUUCUUACUGCACUCUUAUGCACCAAGGAAAUCAGGAUACCAACUCUCCAACUUGGAGUCCAAAGACAGCGAAUUUAAUGACGAGUCUCCUUUACUGAAGGUCAUUUCUCAAGGGAAUGGGAAAAACUACUUGACACUUCGUGAAAGGGAUUACCUGGCCCCCGAUGAGUUGUGGGAAUGCAGCUCAAGUGAACUGGAAGGCAGGGGCCGACUGGGAAGUGAGGUGGGUUGGCUCUCGGCAUCUAACUCCUCUGAGAAGUGUGACAUCCUGGACAGUCUUCAUCUGAACUUCAAACUUCCCAACCCACUGAGAUAUAUGUUAAGAGUUCUGAAGAUUUCCAGCCUCUUCAUCUUUGUAGUCAUUUGCUCAAUUUUAUUUAGCGCUCAUCCAGAUCAUGAGAUCCCUCGACGGAUGGUCGCUGUUUCGCCAUUUGAAAGCACUUUAUUAAAUCUCUCAAACUUUGGCGACACUGUUCUUCUCAAGUUGGAAUUGGCAGGACCAUUUGCAGAAGGCCAGGUUCAUAGGAAUACAGAGGAGUACAUCAAUGUCCGAAUCGAGCAAGUUGUCGAGGGGGGUGAAAGAAGAAGACGUCGCCAGCAGGACCUGUCGGUUCACAAUUGGUCCAUUCCAUUAAAUCCACAAAGAAAUCAACUCAUCAAGACAAAAACUUUUGAACUGGCCAGCAGCAGUGAGAUUGGCAUCAAUAUACAGACCUUCCUUAAGAACAAUGAAGUGGUCCCGCUAACUAUCAGUUACCAAUACCUCUACGCAAGUGUUGAGACUCAAGUUGUCAUUGCAGCUGUCAUUUUGGCCGGAGUUUACAUCCUUAUUAUAUUUGAGAUUGUUCACAGAUCAUUGGCAGCCAUGUUGGGUUCUCUGGCAGCUUUAGCCGCCCUUGCUGUCAUUGGCGAUAGGCCAAGCAUGGUCACAGUUGUGGAGUGGAUUGACUACAAAACGCUGACAUUAUUAUUUGGAAUGAUGAUUUUGGUGGCAAUAUUUUCGGAGACUGGCUUUUUCGAUUACUGUGCUGUUAAGGCUUACCAGCUAUCCAGAGGAAGAAUCUGGCCCAUGAUCAUCAUUCUGUGUCUCAUUGCGGCCAUUCUUUCAGCCUUCCUGGACAAUGUCACCACGAUGCUUAUCUUCACGCCAGUAACCAUACGACUGUGUGAGGUGCUCAAUCUGGACCCCAGGCAUGUCCUGAUCGCGGAAGUUGUCUUCACCAACAUUGGCGGAGCGGCCACAGCCGUAGGAGAUCCUCCAAAUGUCAUCAUCAUCUCCAAUCAGGCACUACAAAACACAGGCCUGCACUUUGCAGAAUUCACAGGACACAUGUUCGUUGGAAUUGUCUUGGUCCUUUUGGUGUCCGUUCCCUUCUUGAGGCUACUUUAUUGGAACAAAAAGCUCUACAACAAGGAACCAAGUGAGAUUGUGGAGUUGAAGCAUGAGAUUCAUGUUUGGAGACUCACAGCUCAGCGCAUUAACCCUGCCAGCAGAGAAGAGACUGCGGUAAAGUGCCUGCUAAUGCAGAAGGUGCUCACCCUGGAGAAUGUACUUGGGAAAAAGCUGAGGACCUUUCAAAGAGAGAUUUCACAAGAAGACAAAAACUGGGAAACAAACAUUCAGGAACUACAGAAAACGCACAGGAUAAUAGACAAGGCCCUGCUGGUGAAAUGCUCAAGCGUUUUGGGAUUUGUUAUCCUCAUGUUCUUUCUCAAUUCAUUUGUUCCCAACAUCCAUCUCGAUCUGGGUUGGAUUGCCAUGUUGGGUGCCAUUUGGUUGCUGGUGCUGGCAGAUGUCCAAGACUUUGAGAUAAUACUGCACAGAGUAGAAUGGGCAACGCUGCUUUUCUUUGCUGCACUAUUUGUCCUGAUGGAGGCACUGGCCAACUUGCAAUUGAUUGACUACAUCGGAGAACAGACUGCCCUUCUGAUAAAGUCCGUUCCAGAAGACCAACGGCUUGCAGUCGCCCUAAUCCUAGUCAUUUGGGUCAGUGCCCUGGCAAGUUCCCUGAUAGAUAAUAUUCCUUUCACAACAACCAUGAUUCCUGUGCUGCUAAAUCUGAGCCAGGCUGCUGAUGUAAACCUGCCAGUGAAACCUCUGAUUUUUGCCCUGGCGAUGGGAGCAUGUCUGGGAGGCAAUGGUACAUUGAUUGGAGCUUCAGCCAACGUAGUGUGUGCAGGGAUAGCAGAACAACAUGGCUAUGGCUUUUCCUUCAUGGCCUUUUUCAGGUAAAACUUGCUUAAAAGCUUUGUCCAAAUGAAAAAGAAAAACUAGCAAUAAAUGCACAAAACCGCCAUGUAAUUAAUUGCAACAUUAGCAAGUG